AUGUCGGCCGACCCAACGCAGAAGGAGCCCUCUCCCUACCCAAGCAUCCGCCGUAUCGUCACUGGACACAUGGAAUCUGGGCACUCGACGUUCGAAUCCAUCGACGAGGUCGAGCCGUACUUCUUCAGGUGCUCGGAGACCAUGUUCGCCGACCUCUUUUGGGUGGAUAGCAACCGCCCAGACAUAUCUAAGCCAUGUCAAGAUAUUUCCAAGGAGCACCAAGGCGAGCUUUGUGGGAAGGAAGGGUUGGUGUUGAGGAUCAUUGAUACGCCUCCUGGUCCAGGCGGCAAGUCGCCAUUCCACCGCACGGAGACGAUCGACUUCGUCAUCGUGGUGAAAGGAGAGAUCACGCUCGUGCUCGACAACGACGAGAAACGGGUGUGCCAGCCCGGGGACGUCGUGGUCCAGCGCGGUAAAAUUCACGCCUGGCAUAACGAUUAA